UGAUUGAUGAUUUUAACAAUUAUUGAUAUAAUUAGUGACCUCUGCAUUUGACCCAUAGUGAGUAGUGAAAACACACACUGCAAGUCGUGAACACAUACAACCGGAGAAGUGGGCAGCUAUCCCAGCGCCGGGGAGCAAUUUAGGGUUAGGGGCACCACAGUUGCAACCUGACGGGAGCCUCGAACUCUCGGGUUACAUAAGCCCUGCUACAACUUCUGAAAAUGAAAUGAUAGUGAAAUGACGGUUAAUUAAUUCAAUAAUUAUGUCAAACAAAACAAUGUAGAAAAUACAUUUAAAAAACUACAAUUUAACGUCUGUUGCAGUUUUUAAUAUAAAAUAAUCACAGUCAAGUCUUCUGCUUCUCUUAUUUUUUUUGUAAUCAAAUAUACACGACUUUGCUAUACCAAUAUUAUCAAUAAUUAUAUGCGUACUUGACAGGCUUGUCACUUUCACUUUAGCUACUUCCACCUGGACGCUUUUCUUAAUUCAGGAAGUGAUGAGCAAAUGAGAGAAAUACAUUGCGGCUGUCUAUUUCACAGAAAACAGUAACAAGUUUACAAUAGCAAACAAAACCAAAGUUUCGAUUUCACCAUCAAUUCCAAACGCACAAUUUGCACGUUGUGUGUUUCUAGCACAGUUCUGGUAAAAUCUUUCACCUUUAUCGGACACGAUGAGUCUUGAAGAACAGCAGGAUUCCAAAAGCGAUUUUAAGAGAAAAAGACCAGAGUCGCCUGUUGCCGCAAUCACGAGCUAUGAAGACGCAGAUCUUAAAGAACAAAGUGGUGGAUAUGCAAAUAAAAGAGUAAAGACAGAGAGAGCAGCUUCUCCUACACCCAGCUGUCCAUCUGUAAGGUCAGAUUUUUCAAUGGAUCUACCAAAGAACUUCCAAGGAGGAGAGAUGUUUCCUUUAGAUCUAAGAAAAAAGUUUGAAAGACCAGCUUCUCCUACCCCUAGCUAUUUGUCUUUAAGGACAGAUUGGUCAAUGGAUUUACCUGGCAACUUCAUAAGAAGAGAAGGGUUUCAUUUAAAUACAAGGAUUGAGGAAACAAAUGAAAAAUCGCCUAUCUCAGAGACAAGUAACAACCCAGGAGACACUGCACAUUAUUCAAGAGGCAACACAUGCAUGCUAAAAGUAGACUCCGAGAGAGCUCCUUCUCCUACACUCACCUCUGUAUCUGAAUGGACAAAUUGUUUAGUUGAACAACCAACCCACUUCAAAGCUGAAUCAACUUUCCACUUGGAUUCAAGACUGUUGACGGAGAAUCAUUUAAAAUGUCCAAUAUGCAAAUCUAUGUUGAAGGAUCCAGUCUCCAUUCAAUGUGGACACAAUUACUGCAGAAAUUGUAUUAAUACAUUCUGGGACAGCUGUACAGAAGAUUAUCUCUGUCCAGAGUGUGGAAGAGGGUCCAAAAUACGCCCAGUGCUAAACACAAACACAGCACUGGCCGAGGUGGUUAAAAACCUACAGCAGGCUGCCUUCAGUCCAGCCCUCCCACCACGUUCUUAUGCUGGGCCUGAAGAUGUAGCCUGUGAUUUCUGCUCUGAGCGGAGACUGAAAGCAGUGAAGUCUUGUUUAACCUGUGAUGUGUCCCUCUGUGAGACUCACAUCAAGGAUCAUUAUACAGUACCAGCAUUACAGAAACACACACUAUCUGAUUUGACUGGAGCCAUGGAGAAAAAAAUGUCCCAGCAGAACCUGCCAGUAGACAAUAGCUUGAGCAGCAUUAUCUCUGAACAGCAGGAGGAGACAGACAGGAGCAUCUCAGAGUCUGUGUUAAAUACCUCAAUGGCAAAUGAUGCUGCAGGAAUCUCCACAGCUGACAUAGAAGUUAAAAAAGACAUUGAUGCUGCAAAUCUUGCAGUUAUGUACUCCACGCUACAGCAAGAAGUUCUGGGGCUUAAAAAAAGCUUUUCAGAAUUCAAGGAAAAUAACACUAAAAAGGAUAAAUUUUAUUUUGAGGAUGAAGAGGAUUAUGAAGAGGACAAUGAUAAAUCUGAGGGGUAUGAAGAUGAUGAAGAGUCCUACAAAGAUGACUAUGAUGCUGAUGAUAAUGAUGAAAAGGAAGACAGUUAUGAAGAAAACAUCGCUGAUCUUUAUGAUGAUGAUGAUUAUGAGGAUAACUUGACCGAAUCAGAUGAGUCCGGUGAUGAAGAUGAAUACGAUAAAGAUGACUACUAUUAAGAUGAAAAAUUUGCCAAUCAAGUUAAAAUAUACCAAAAUAUGUUUUACUCCAUAUUAACUUUUUUUUACAAAGCCCCCUCUCGUAUUUACAUUUAGCUGACGCCUUUAUCCAAAGCGACUUACAAUUGAUAUAUAUGUCAUAGGUUGCACGCCUCUGGAGCAACUAGGGGUUUAGUAUCUUGCUCAGGGACACAAUGGUGUGUCACAGUGGAUUCGAACCCGGGUCUCUCACACCAAAGGCGAAUGUCUUAUCCACUGUGCCAUCACCAUCAUCACCACAUCAUUUUUUCAAAAAUUGUCACAACUUUGUUUCAUUAAUGCAAUUAUUGAGGUACAGAAAUAUUUAAUAAUAGUAAACCUACCUUAAAAAGUACAUUAUACAGCCAUUAAUCUAUUUUUGUAAAUUAUAUUUAUGUAUAGUUGUAAAAUUUACUGAAAUCAUAUUUAAAAUAUCAACUGGAUAAACAUUAGUUCAGAAAACAGUUUGAAAUGUUACCAUUAUUCUCUUAUAACCACCAAGGAGAAAAUCUUUUUAAUCUGACAUUAAAGCAGUGCUGAUUUGUUUGGAGACCAAAUUCCCAGUUUACUGAUAACCAUAACUGAAAUACAAUGUAGUGAAUACAACAAGAAGACAGAGUUCAUGUCAUUUUUGGGUAACUAUUUCUUCCUCUCCUUCCUAAUCUAUAAGGCAUCAGCUCCCUAAAUUAAUCCCUUAUUUUACAGUUUAACAUUUAUAACGAAUGCCUACAUUAUUAUCUGUAUUACAAUUACAUUACGUUUGCUUUCCCUCUGGUAGCGGGAACUACAGUGAUUUCCUCCAGGGGGAACUGUACCUCAACAACAAAAUUAAUUACGUCAGGUUGACACUAGGUGGCAAACCACGACAACAUGAGUCUGUAAAUGUUACAUUUUUUUACACACUUACUAUGGGACAGAACUAGCCUAAAAUAGUUUAUGGUUAACGUUUACCUUUAUGUAUAUUACUGUCUGCAUCUCUUAUUUUAAGGUAUUAUUGUUAGCCUUUACGAUGCUGUUUAUGUACUUCACCUUGUUCAGUAUCAGAAAGAGUUUUGUUUCUUUAAUAAAGUGUCAUGCAUGGGAAUU